AUGAGCUCUUCCACGCCCGUCCACGAGCCCACUCAUCGCAAACGCGAGCUCCCCCAGAGCGAACUCGAAGCUACCGCCCAGCUCAAGCUCGGCGAAUUCCAGCAUGUGCCGACCCUAUCUCUGUCCGAAGCUCGACUGGUGAUCAACAAGGUCCUUGACCUGCGGAGGAAAGGGGAGAGCAAGUUUGAAGAGCGAGAGACCCUGGUCAAAACACAGGACUAUCUCGAAGUGUUCGCCAGAUUCAAGGAAAAAGAGAAUAUCGAGGCUGUCGAGCGUCUUCUCUCUGCGCAUACGGAGCUGGAGUUCUUUGAGCGGUCACAGCUAGGGAGCCUAUGCUGUGAUAACGCCGAAGAAGCAAAGUCCCUUAUCCCAAGUAUCGGAAAUAAGAUCUCAGAUGCAGACCUGCAGGAGCUCCUAGACGAGCUCACCAAGCUGCGAAAUUUCGUGGAGUGA